UCGGAAAAUAGCUUCUGUGUAUGUUGCUCGGUUUUUUUGCUAAAAUUUGAAGAGGGAGGGGGUUUAUGUUUCUCCAACUGCUCGUGGGAGGGGUAUUUAUAUGAAAAUCGGUCAGCAUUCACCGUGUUUGUCAACAGCGUUGAAGGCAGUCACCGUCUUGCCCUAAAGUGGUGAACGUUAAGUCGUUGUGACCUAACUCUCACCUACCUGGGAUGGGAAACAUGGGCAACUAUCACCGCCGUAACCUACAGCGGUGAAGGUGUUCCCCACUUUGCACGAAUACGAUGAUCAGUUCACUGUUGUUAACAAAGACGGUGAUUGCUUCACUGUUUAAGUAAAACGCGGUGAACCUUUCACCGCUUUAGAUAAACGAUGAUUUAUUCAUCAUUUUCAUUAAACGCGGUGACUUAUUCACCGCGUUUGUCUAACACGGUGAUUGCAUUCACUGUCUUAGACAGAGGCGGUGAAUGUGAAACAUGUGUAGAUUGGGAAAUUUUUUUAUAACUUAUGUAUUUUGGAAUUUUUUUUUUAAUUACUGAUGUAUAUUGGGAUUUUUUCCCAAUUGAGGUUUAUAAUGGGAAGUAUGGAUCAAAAGCACCAUCCUCUGCAUAUGAGCCUACCACUAAUGAGAGCAAUGUUAGUGGUAGUUCUGCUGAUGGUGUUGGUGAUCGGAUUAAGAAGCUCGAGGAGAGGCUCAUGAAGAGGAAAAUGGAAGCACUUCUGCAAGAAACAGGAGGUAGCUCUGCUGAGUUUGACAUCUAUUUGAAAUGGCAAACUGAUGGCAUCAAUGAGGAGAGUAAUGAUGCCAAGUUUGACAUCUUGGGUUGGUGGUCUCGACACUCUAGAAUAUAUCCGAUUCUUGCUGAGAUGGCUAAGGAUAUCCUAGUUGUUCCCAUAUCUUUUGUUGCCUCAAAGGCAACAUUCAGCUGUGGCGGCCAGAUUCUCAGUCCAUUCUGGUCCUAUUUGGGCGAUACAAUGGUUGAGGCAUUGAUUUGUGCUGAAGAUUGAAUAAGGUAUCCAACUACCGGAUCCGGAGAGAUAGACGAGAAGGUAGAUGAUGAUUGAUGAAGAUAAUUUACACUACAAGAAACAUCACAUAUUGCCACGUAUUCAUUGCCACGAUGAUUUGAAGUGUGGCAAGUGUACCAAAAUAGCCACAAUGAAUGUUAUGACGUAGC